AUGUGCCUCUCAGCUUGCUUACCACUUGACAAGUGGAAAAGCAAUCAUCCUCAAUUUUCACCACCAAGUACCUCAACUCAAGCAGCUCCUGCUGUUCAUACGUUCGAAGAUCUCACCUCAAAGAUACUGGGUAUCACAUGGCACCCUCAUGAAGACAUCUUCUCGUUUCAAGGGAACAUCUCAUUCAAACAAGCCAUCACCAAACGCGCCAUUCUCUCCGAGGUGGCACAACUCUUUGAUCCACUUGGACUUAUAUCUCCAGUAGUUAUUCGAGCAAAAAUUCUGAUGCAACAACUUUGGCUGGAAAAGAUUGGCUGGGACGACACACUAACGCCUGAAACAAUUCACCAAUGGGAGAAAUUCAGAGACGAUCUCAAGACACUAUCGACAAUUAAGAUACCCCGGUGGUUACACCUGCACUCUCAAGCCUAUUCAAUACAAAUUCAUGGGUUCUCAGACGCGUCUCAAUUAGCGAUGGCAGCAGCAGUAUACCUCAGAGUGACAGAUUCAGACUACUCAUCAGUCGUCACGUUAGUUUGUUCAAAAACCAAGGUAGCACCUCUUAAACGUCUCACUAUUCCAAGACUGGAAUUAUCAGCUGCUGCCCUACUUGCAAACCUCGUAAAACACACUCAGAAGACUCUCAAUCUCAAUGAUGUACCAGUAUUCUUAUGGACAGACUCCUCGGUUACCCUUGCAUGGGUGAAAAACAAUCCAAUGAGAUGGAAAGAGUUUGUGGGCAAUCGAUUAUCAGCCAUUCACGAAGCUACUCCAAAUGCCCAUUGGAGAUUCACAUCAGGAAUACUCAACCCAGCAGAUUGUGCUCCUCGGAGCUUAAGCGCUUCCCAACUUAUUGAGCACGCGUUAUGGUGGACUGGACCACCAUGGCUCUCGCAAUCUCCAGAAUUUUGGCCAUCAGCGGUUGCACCAUCUCCAGAACAUGAUUUGGAAGAAAGACCAGGCGUAUCACUCUCAGUAACGUCUCAGCCAGUAUUAUGGGAUCUCAUUGACUUGCCUCAAGUCAAAUCCUUCAAUAAAGGCCUUUCUAAGUUGCUUAGAAUCACGGCAAUUUGUCAGCGAGCCAUCUCCAGAUUUAAACGAGUACCAAAUGCUAGUUUAGCCAUCUCACCAAUUAAUCCAGCUGACUUAGAAGCCGCAAAGCUGUUCUGGAUACGGGAGACGCAACAGGCAUACUUCUCUGCUGAAAUCAAAGCUAUACAAACUGGCAAGAGACUUCACAAAAAUCAUGUUCUUUCUCGACUGACGGCAAUGGUUGACCGCACUGGUAUACUGCGAGUUGGAGGUCGUCUUCAGAAUUCUCAAUUUUCGGCGGACAGCAAACACCCAGCUAUACUGCCCCGGCACAGCAAGCUCUCAGCUCUAAUCAUCGCAGAUGCUCACUCUAAAACCCUUCAUGGUGGUACUCAGGUAACUCUAUCUUACAUCCGAAAGACUUGCUGGAUCAUCGGUUGCCGAGCUCCCAUAAAAUCAUUCAUUCAACGAUGCCUCGUGUGUGCUCGAAUACGUGGAGUUCGAGCUCAACAACUCAUGGCGCCGCUUCCAACCUCUCGAGUAACUCCAUCUCUAGUCUUUGAGCAUACUGGUGUCGAUUACGCAGGUCCUAUCGCAUUAAAAACAUUUCAAGGUCGAGGUGCAAAAACCUUCAAAGGCUGGAUCGCAGUCUUUGUGUGUUUCACAACGUCAGCGAUUCAUUUAGAAGCGGUUUCAGACUACUCAGCAGAAGGAUUUCUCAAAGCAUUUCGACGUUUCACCAGUCGUCGUGGAAUCUGUAAAACUCUUCGAAGCGACUGCGGUACAAAUUUUAAAGGUGCUGACACUAUGCUUAAAGACCUUUUUCGACAAGCAACAAAGGAAUCUCAAGAGCUUCAACGGAUUCUCACAAACGAUGGUACAAAGUGGAUUUUCAAUCCACCGGGUGCGCCUCAUAUGGGUGGAAAGUGGGAAGCAGCAGUCAAGUCGGUAAAACAUCAUCUUCAACGAACCAUCUCAGACACUCUUCUCACUUUUGAAGACUUCUCAACAUUUCUUGCACAAGUAGAAGCUGUACUUAACUCCCGACCGCUCAGUGCGCUAUCAGAUGAUCCGGGCGACAUCUCAGCAUUAACUCCAGGACACUUCAUUCGCGGAGAAGCUUUGAUUACAAUACCCGAACCAUCAUUAUCCUCCGUACCAGAAUCAAGACUUUCUCAUUUCCAGCGAAUUCAAAAAAGGUUCCAGACAUUUUGGGACAGGUGGUCAACAGAAUGCCUUCAAGCUCAUCAGUCAAUCUCCAAAUGGCAAAAGACUCAAGACACCAUUCAAGUUGGCUCAUUAGUACUUCUCACUAAUGAACGACUUCCACCAUCAAAGUGGCCUCUCGCUCGGGUCAUUCAGCUUCAUCCUGGUAGUGAUGGAUUGUGUCGAGUCGUAACAGUCAAAACAGCUACUUCAACUCUUACUCGGCCGAUAGUCAAGCUCGCUCCGUUGCCAAUCUCACCUCAUCAAGACGACUCGCAAGAAGAAGAUUCUAAUUCCUCACAAGGUUGCGGAAUUGGGGGGGGGAGAAUGUUCGAAAUUAAGUCAUCGACGUUACGCGGACCAUGA